UUUUGCUCAAAAGAUUACGAUCAUGGGGAAGAAGAGAACUGUCAAGUACUUCCUGGUCGAUGCUUUCACUGAUUCGGCUUUCAAAGGGAAUCCAGCGGCUGUUUGUUUCCUCAACGACGACGACAGCGACAGAGACGACGCCUGGCUUCAGUCUCUCGCCGCCGAAUUCAACAUCUCCCAAACUUGUUUCCUUACUCCGAUCACUGGCUUCGAAGCUCGCUUCCAUCUCCGGUGGUUUACCCCUUUAGCCGAGGUGGAUCUCUGUGGCCAUGCAACUUUGGCAUCUGCUCAUUGUCUCUUCUCCAAUGGUUUGGUUGAUUCAGAGGAUGUCGAGUUUGUCACAAGGUCAGGGAUUCUUACAGCCAAGCGAGUCCCAGAUACUUCAGAGCUCAGUGAUGGUGAAGUGAAAGGAGGAACUUUCUUGAUCGAGUUGAAUUUCCCUGUGGUUACAACUUGUGAUAUCAAUCUCGAUGAUGUCUCCUCCUCCAUGAUCACAAAGGCCUUGAACGGAGCUACCAUUGUUGAUAUAAAAGUUACUACGACAAACAACAUCCUCGCUGUGCUUCCAUCUAUGGAAUCUGUCAAUGAGUUGCAACCAAGAAUGGAUGAUAUAUUGAAAUGUCCUUGCGAUGGCAUCACUGUGACAGCUGCUGGUUCUGCAGGAUCGGCCUAUGAUUUCUACAGUCGGUUCUUCGCUCCUAAAUUCGGCAUUGAUGAGGACCCUGUAUGUGGAAGUGCACAUUGUGCAUUGGCACAUUACUGGAGCCUCAAGAUGAACAAGUGUGAUUUCUUAGCCUACCAAGCUUCGCCUAGGAGUGGAACAAUUGGGAUUCAUCUAGACAAGGAGAAGCAGAGGGUUCUCCUUAGAGGCAAGGCCGUGACUGUAAUGGAAGGCCAUGUCUUGACUUCAAAGGAAGAAAAGGAGGAUGACCAUGACCAUGGAGAAGCCUCUGAAGGUCUUCGUGGUAACUGUAUUUUCUUCUUCAAUCCAAAAUGUGAUAAACUCUCAAGAUUGAUGAGUGUUGUUGAUAACCAGGUUGAUGCAUUCUCUGAGUCAGCCUUCAAAGGAAACCCAGCAGUAGUGUGCUUGCUUGAUGGAAAGAAUGAGAAAGACGACUCUUGGCUUCAGUCUCACGCCGCUGAAUUCAAUUCCCAGUUUUCAGGACUUAUGCAAAUUUCAGAUGGCAAGAGCUCCAUUUUUAUCUCGCAGGUGGAUCUUUGUGCUCAUGUAACCUUAGCAUCUGCUCACACACUCUUCGAAAACGGUUUGUUUGGUUCGGACACAAUCAAGUUUGCCACCCGCUCCGGGACUCUAACCGCUAAAAGGGUUCCAGAGACUCUCACAAGUUCUUUGACUAUGAAGAGAAAGGAUCUGAUAGGUACGAAGCAGAGCAUCCGCCGGUUAUCUAUCACUACCGAAGGAAGAUUAUACCGAAGCAAGCAUGAACCGGAUUGCAACUCUCCUCAAGUUUGGCGUGGUCCCGAAGGAGAGCUUAAUCGUACUAGAUUUUGUUUACAACACGUAACAGGAUCUUUCUUUAUCGAACUGGAUUUCCCUGUGAUUCCAACACGUGAGUACAAAACCUCAACCUUAAAUGGAGCUGCCAUUGUUGAUGUCCGAGGAACCACAACUGAUAAAAUCAUCUCCAAGGCCUUCGCGCUGCCAAAGCUUCUUCAACUGAUAAAAUUAUCAAUACUCCUAACUAUCUAUGCGUUCUGUUUUCAUAUUGUGCUUCCAACUUGGGAUUCUGUCACUGAACUGCAUCCAAGAAUGGAUGAUCUCUGGAAAUGUCCCAGGAAGUUGAUAAUUCUUGCAGCUGCUGCUCCUAAAGGAUCUGCAUAUGAUUUCUGUAGACUCUGUCUGUGGAAGUGCACAUUAUUGGAACCUCAAGAUGAACAAGUGCGACUUUGUUGCUUACGCGGUGACUACUCUCUCCUUCUAUCUAGUGCCAUUUUAAAUCUAAGGAGCAAAGCAAAUGCUUCGCGUAGGAGUGGAACAGUUAAAAUUCAUUAUGAUAAGGAGAAGCAGAGAGUUUUUCUCACUGGCAAAGCUGUGACUGUUAUGAAAGGCUCUGUCUUAGUU